CUUCCAGGUAGGCGGGGCAGCCGGGAUGUGGCUCUUUUCCUCCUCGCUCUGCUAGGUCCCAACGCCCGCCGGGUUCUUCGAGCUCCGUUGGACAACUUCGGCUGCCAUGGCUCUGCUGGGCCGCCUUGGAGCCUUCCUGCAGCGGGCCGUGGAGUCGGAGGAGGACCCUGUGGACCUCGCCGCCGCCUUCACCCAGCACUGGAAAGGCCUCACCCACUACUACCUGGAGGCCACAGACGAAAGCAAGCCGGCCAGAGAGACGGACAUCCCUUGGCACCUGAAGCAGAUGCUGGACAUCCUGGUCUUUGAGGAGAAGCAGCAAGCGUCUGCCGGGGAGACGGGGCCCUGCCUGGAGUUCCUGUUGCAGCACAAAGUCCUGGAGACCCUGGGCACGCUGGGCAGAGCGGAGUAUCCUCCUGGGAUGAGGGCUCAGGUGCUCCUCUUCUUCAGCCGCCUCCUGGGACAGAUGCAGUGCCCUUUGCUGCACUACCUCAACGUGCACAGACCUGUCCAGAGGCUCCUUCAGCUUGGGAGUGACAGCCUGGGCCCCGAUCCCGAGAAGGAAGCCAUGCAGUUGGUGGCUGUGCUGUGUGCCAAGAUCCGCCAGGACCCUUCCCUGCUCCCCUGCGUUCUGGAGGACAACGGUGUCGCUGAGCCCUGCCAUCUCCAACCAUCAGUGGCUGAAGCAGACUUGGGCUCUCCAAAGGAAGGGGCAAGUGGGGCACCCCCAGCGGAGCCUUCCUCCUUUGCCCAGAACCUGGUGGCCUCUCUGGUCAGCUUGUGCAAGAGCCAGAAGAGGAGGAUUGCCCUGAAAGCCCAGGAGAACCUGCUGCUGCUCUCCAGCGCUGACCAUCCAACGGCCGGCCUGGCCUUGACGCGGGACGGCAGGCUCAGCGCCCUGGUGACCGACCAGCUCCUCGCCCUCCACAGCGCCCUCCCGGAUGCCCUCAGCCCUGCCAACAUCGCCCCUUUUCAGCCGGUCAGCUGGAGGUGCCAGAGCAGCCCCGCUGAGGAGGAGAAUGCCUUCCCCGGACAGGCAGACCUCGAGGCUUUCCUCGGCUGGCUGGACCUCUGCGAUUGCCUGGUGAAGGAGGCCCACCCGGUGGUUGCGGAUGCCGUGAGGGAAGCCGUGGUGCAGAGGCUGUUUGUGGGGCGGCUUCAGCCCCAGCUCCUGCAGAUGGAUGAGCGCGGCCUCCUUCUGACCACGGCUCUCCUGACCCUUCUGGUGAGGCAGGUCCGGGCCCCUGCCCUCCUCCGGGAACUGACCGUCUUCCUUCUGGGGGGCGAGGAAGACCCAGAGACCCAGCAGCAGCAGCACCAGUCUCUCCUGCGCUCCCAGCUGAUCGGGCGCUGCAACCAUCUGUCUGAUGAGAUCAGCAUGGGCACCUUGCGGCUCUUUGAGGAGCUCCUCCGUCUCCCGGAGCCCCUCGUGCUCCAGACCCUGGUGCUGGGCAGCCUGGAGGGACGCGGCUACGUCCUGCGGAGCCUCCCCGGGCAGGAAGAGCCCGUUGCCCGGGAGCCAGAGCCGCCCUGCGAGGAUGGGCUGGACCUGGAGGAAGACCCCUACUUCAUGGACGGCCUCCCAAGUUCCAGCUUCCCGGCCUCUGCAAAGGCCAAAACCACCGCUGUUUCUGCUCCGAAGCCGAGGACGCAGCCUGGGGAGCGCAGAGACGUCAAGGAGGUGGUCAGCAGCUUCCUUUGCCUGGUUCCUAGUGAGGCCAAGACCUCGACUUACCUGGAGGAGGCAGGAUAUGACACCUACGUCCACGAUGCCAGUUUGCUGUUUAAGGAAUGCUCUGCAAAUGCUGCCCGAUGGAACUGGCCCCGGGCCCCUCGGCCCCUGGAGAGCUGCCCCGAAGGGCCCGGCUUCUACGAAGGCGACUUCCUGAAGGUGCUCCUGGACCGCCUGGCACGGAUCCUGGACCAGCCCUAUGCCGUGAACCUGCAGGUGACCUCGGUGAUCUCCCGCCUGGCCCUUUUCCCCCACCCGCACCUUCACGAGUACCUGCUGGACCCCUACCUCCCUAUGGCCCCCGGUUGCCGGACCCUCUUCUCGGUCCUGAUCAGGGUGAUUGGGGACCUGAUGCAGCGGACCCAGCGCAUCCCCGACUUCCCUGCCCAUUUGCUGCAAGUCCGGAGGCAGCUGAUGGGGCUGGUCCCCCAAGACUCUCGGAUCGCCCACCGGAUGCUGCUGGAAGGAGUGGUCAUCCUGGAGGAAUUCUGCCGGGAACUGGCCGCCAUCGUCUUCGUCAAGUCGGUGCCGGAGGAGGGACCUGCCUGACGCCCCCAGACCCAGAACAGAUCCAGGUGCCCAUUGGCCGCCCAGAAGGACGGGUCAGCCGGAGGACCACUAGCACCAACCUUCUCUAAGAACCGUGGGAGAUGGGCUCCAAUUCCAGACAUUUCUGGCAGCCUCCGGGGCUCCUCCUCGCCUGGGAUCGUGGACUAGACAAUGGACUAGAGAUAGGAAGCCAAAAGCCAGACCCAAGGAGCAUUUGCAGCCUCCUGCUUCCUUCUUGAGUCAAUAUUGUGCCUCUGCAGCAGCCCAGUCCUCCUUUGCUCCAGGAAAAGAGGAAAGUUUGAAACCCAUUCUUGGAUUCUUGGACAUCUUAGAGGAACGGCCUCGGAUUCUCCCUUUCUGGUUCUGCUGGGGAUUUUUUCUCCUACAGAAAAGGGCCGGUUUUAUCUUGAAUGGUACCGGCUGCUGGCAAAGCCUCUGUUCCAAUCUCCCGAUAAAAGGGAGGACUCUCUAAGCUCCGGACCUUUGCCUGUGGGGCCUCCAGCGCCUUUCUCCCAGUUGUCUCAGUUGUGGACAGAACUACAGACUUUCCGACCAGACCCAGGAUGCCGUUCUACCUGCUUGGGCUUCUGGACUCUUGCUCCUUUUUGCACAGUUAGGUCUCAAUCUGUUGCUUCCCACUGGAUCUGUCGGGACUUCAUUUCCACUGAUGCGGCAGGUUUCCUCUCUCCGGGAGCCAGCAAUGGGAUUUCGGUCUUCCUUGGCCAUUCUUUGAAUCAGACCUACUCAGGAAGAAUGAUUUGCGUUCAGCUUUUUAAAUCUUACCUUCCAGGAAAGUCGUCUGCAGGCUGUUUUUCUGACAAUGGCACCCUCUGAACCAGACGCAGCACUUGAGAUGAACCACCCGUGACGAAUGGGGUGGUGCAGCGGACACUUUGCACAGACCCUUGUCCAAACAGUGAGAGACCCAGACCCAAAUGUUUUCAGCCAGUCCCUGGCCGCUUUGGGCCUGCAGUCUUCCAUGCAACAAGCCAGGAAGGUGGCCUACUUCUCAGGCAUGCCUCAAUAAACCCCAAGCCUGUGCUAAA